GUUCCCACACUACUUUGGCUUCGCUUUCGUUCUGCUCUGUUCUCCGUUUUCCCCUGAGUUUUGACCGUUGCUUUUCUCAACGUCUCUCUCUCUCUCUCCCCCCUGCUCUCUCUGUUUAGUUCUGUUCUGUGAUCACAUUCUCGACCUUAUUCCUGCUCCAGACCACAGCCCAGCCUGUGAGAAAUCCUCAUGAGUGUGGCGAUAGAUUCGACAAGGACACGCAGUUUCGGUUUCCAUUUCGCUUCGCAUCUCAGAAACUCGUAAGUGCAAAGAGAUAGCUGAUACCGAAGAUCCCCUGCGAUGGGAUGUUCUUCAUCGAAGCUCGAUGAUGAAGAAGCGGUCCGACUCUGCAAGGAUCGGAAAAACUUCAUUAAAGAAGCUGUGGAGCAAAGAUCUCGAUUUGCCUUGGGGCACAAGGCUUACUUUCAGUCCCUUAAGAGGGUCUCUGCAGCCCUUCAGGAUUACAUCGACGGCGAUGAGCCUCGGGAGUUCUUACUGGAUUCAUUCUUGACUCCAGUAAAGAAACGGAAUCCGGAUUUUAUUUCCAUAUCAUCGAAGCCCUUUAACCGGAAGGAGUUGCUACCAGAGCAAAACUCGAACUUUACUAUCAACUACCUGAGGCCUGGUGGGGCCCCUGCAGUCUUGGUCGAGGAGAGGCCUCGAUCGCCCGAAAUAGUCCAAGUGCAGAGCUACUCUCCUGUGCAUAAUCAUUUCGGGAUCGAUGGGUUCUUCUCCUAUCCUCAGUAUGAUCGGGCCCCAGCUCCUCCGCCUCAAUUUCCUCCACCUUCACCACAGAACUCCCAGUGGGAUUUCUUCUGGAACCCGUUCUCGUCGCUUGAUUAUUAUGGCUACCCAACUCGGAGCAGUCUUGACCAAACGAUCCCGAUGGACGAUGAGAUCAGAGGGCUGAGGCGAGUCCGAGAAGAGGAAGGCAUUCCAGACUUGGAGGAAGAAACCGAGCACGAAUGUGAUCACCAUGAAGAGAAUUUAAUGCAAGAUAGAGGGAAAAACAUAGAGUCGGAUUUCCCGAAAGAGGAGGAAGUUUUAGUUGAAGAUGUUGAGGAUGAAGAUGAGGAGGAGGAGGAGGAGGAAGAAGAAGAAGAAGAUGAGGGAACUGAUGAUAAUUAUGGGAACGACAAUGGAAUCAAGGAAUUGCAAUCGUGCCGCAGUAAUAGCCGGAACAUCGAAAUAACACCACCUCAAAAUUCAGCGAAGGUUGAGAUUGUUGGAAAGCAAGAAACAUCUGUUACCGGUCAAGGGACUAAUAAAGGACAAGAAAAACCAGGUUUCACAGUUUACGUGAACCGGAGGCCGACAAGCAUGGCAGAAGUUAUUCGAGACCUUGAGACUCAGUUCAGUAAUAUCUGUAACUCCGCAAACGAAGUCUCGGGUCUGUUAGAAGUCAGCAACGCCCACUAUUCGACCACAAAUGAACUCUCAGCAAUGAAGAUGUUGAAUCCCGUGGCUCUGUUCCGGUCAGGGUCAUCCCGGUCAAGCUCAUCAAGAUUUCUGAUUAGUUCUUCAUCAUUAUCAAAAGAAGAAGCCGAUGAGAGCAGCAGCGACUUCUCAGAAGAGUCUAGCAUGUUCUCGGUCAGCCACCAAUUGACAUUGGACAGGUUAUACGCAUGGGAGAAGAAGCUCUACGAAGAAGUCAGGGCUGGAGAGAGGGUGAGGAUGGCAUACGAGAAGAAGUGCAAGCAACUUAGGAAUCAAGACGUGAAAGGAGAGGACCCUUCUACGGUCGAUAAAACAAGGGCAGCCAUCAGGGAUUUGCAUACGCGGAUAAAAGUCUCAAUCCACUCAGUUGAAGCUAUCUCCAAGAGAAUCGAAACUCUAAGGGACGAAGAGUUGCAGCCUCAGCUACUAGAAUUGGCCCAAGGGCUAUUGAGGAUGUGGAAAGUCAUGGCGGAAUGCCACUGUUCUCAGAAAAGAACCCUCGAUGAGGCCAAGAUCCUUCUCGCCGGCACGCCCUCAAAGCUUGAGGCAAGGAGGCGGUCCCACAUUUCUAUCACAGACCCGCAGAGGCUUGCACGGUCAGCCUCCAACCUCGAGGCCGAGCUCAGGAACUGGCGAGCCUGCUUUGAGUUGUGGGUCACCUCUCAAAGGGCAUACCUCCAGGCCCUCUCUGGGUGGCUGCUACGGUGUGUCCGAUCCGAUCCCGACCCAUCAAAGUUGGCCUUCUCCCCCGGGCGCUCAUCGAGCAGUGGGGCCCUCCCCAUAAUCGGGCUCUGCAUCCAGUGGUCGAGAUUCCUCGAAGCCGUGCAGGAAUUACCGGUGUUGGACGGCCUUGAUUUCUUUGCCGCGGGGAUGGGUUCAAUCUACGAGCAGCAGAUGAAGGACGAGACCAGGCGAGUUCCAGUUGGGUCGAAGAGGUUCGGAGAGGACAGUGGGGCGAAGUUAGGACUAGAAGUUGUGGAGUUCAGUGAAGAAGUGGAAGAGGUCAUGACUGCUGAAAAAAUGGCAGAUGUGGCUAUCAGAGUACUCUGUGCUGGGAUGUCAGUUGCUGUGAGCUCCCUGACAGAGUUUGCAAUCAGGUGUGCCGAUGGAUACUCGGAAUUGGUCGGCCAAUGGGAGCAUGCCAAGUUGCGCCCAACCGAGAUUUAGGAACCGUAGUAAUAUUUUUUUUAUUAUUCUUUCUAAUGUGGAUGGAUUAGAGUAGUUUUAAACUACAUAUGUGGUGGUGGGAAUGUAAUUAGAAAGAAGUAACUUGUAGAGCAAGUUAAGUUGAAAAGGCUGCCCUAUAAAGAUCAUUGACUUGUAUUC